GCGGCGGUCGUCGUCCGCUGGUGUGGGGAGGGAGCCACGCCAGUGUGUGUGACGGGUCUGCCGACGAGCGGUGGUGUUGCGAGUAGAAGGGGCGCGGCGUCGGUCCGCUGGUCUGUGCGACGUCUCGCCAGUGGUCUCCCCGUGGUGUGGUGCUCUGUGCUGUGGCCUAUCGGGUGGCAGGCUGGGAUCUGCGAUAUAGUGGUGGUGCUCGGGGCAGUGGUUUUGGAGAAUCUGACCAUUGAUAACCAGGGUGACUGUGAAGCCGUCUUCCGAGUGAAGAUACAUUGACAUCAGGGACAGGGACGUACUGACACAAGCCGGAUGGACGUGCCGGCGGCUACGAACGGCGGCGGCGGCGGUGACGCCAAUGGCGGCCUCACGGAGGAGGAGCUCGAGAGACAGAGGAUGAGACCAGCCGAGGUCGACGCGGACAUGAGGGAGAUGACCAGACGGAAACGUGUCGACGCCAUCCUCAGCUCCAAGUCCUUCAAGUCGGAGCUGGAGCGCCUGGUGGAUGAAGGCGUGAUCGACGGUAACUCUGUUGGCGGCUGUCUGGAGCACAUCUCAGACAUGAUGGGCCUCGUCCGAGGCGGCGUCUCAUCCACACAGAGCCAGCAGUGCGUGCAGCCGAUUGCCGAUCUGCGCGGCGCCGACGCCUCCCAGUUCUCCAAGACGGAGAAGAUGCUGCGCUGCAAGCUUGCCUCGCUGUUCCGUGUUAUCGAUAUGCACGGCUGGGCACAGGGCGUGCACGGCCACAUCACAGUGCGGCUGAACCAGGAUCAGGACCACCUGCUGGUGAACCCGCACGGCCUGCUCUACAGCGAGAUCACCGCCUCCACGCUCAUCAAGGCCGACCUGCAGGGCUCUGUGCUGCACCCGGGCAGCACGGGACUCGGUCUGAGCGCGCCGGCCUACGCCCGGCUGGCGGCCGUGCACGCGGCGCGGCCCGAGCUGCGCUGUGUGCUGCACGUCCAGCAGCCGGCCGUGGUGGCCGUGUCGGCGCUGAGGGCCGGUCUGCUGCCACUCACCGAGGACGCCGCCGCACUGGGAGCCGUCGCCGUACACCGGCCGCAGGGCGCCGACCCCGAGCUGCGCGCGCUCACCGCCGACCUGGGCGCGGAGAGUAAGGUGAUGAUGGUGCAGAACGCUGGCGCCAUCUGCGCGGGAGAGACCGUCGAGGAGGCCUUCUUCCUGCUCGGAAAACUGGUGGCCGCCUGUGAGAACCAGGUGCGUAUGCUGCCGCUCGGCCUGGACAACCUGACCCAGCUAGACGAGGAGGAGCAGCGGCGCGCCUAUGAGGCAGCGCGCCGUCCGCCGGCGCCGGCUACCGAGCCGGCCAGCCCCGAGUCGCCGCGCGCCGCGCCCUGGCGGCUCGGCGAGCUCGAGUUCGAGGCUCUGAUGCGCCAGAUGGACAGCGCCGGCUACCGGACCGGCCACGUGUACCGACACGCGCUGCGCGGAGAGUUGCCACCGAACCAGAGUGGCGUGGAGUACCCGCCGGCCGCCGUCGGGUACGCGCUGGACACAGACGACAUCUUCAAAUACAGCCCGAUGCGGAAGAUCGUUGCCGGUGCGCGGGCCGGCGAGCGGACCCGGUGGCUCAACUCGCCCAACGUCUACCAAAAGGUCGAGCUGGUGGAGUCGGGCUCCAGCGACUCCAAGACCGUCACCAAGGUAUCGGUGGUGAAGGGCGACCAGUGAGCGGGCGCUGCACCGCACCGCGAGACGCACGAGACGCACGGGCCGGGGGUCCAGGCCAGGCGCCGCACUAUUCCGAGAGCGGCCGCCCCGUGCCGCUGUGUGACUGAGAGUUCCGAUUCGCGUCGGACGGACGUCGCGGCGCACAGCUAUGGGGUGCGUGAGUGCGCGACCCGGCCGCGACGGACGCUAGCUAGCUGUGCAGAGGAGCGGGGUCCCAGAGAGGCUGGCCGACGUGCCGCGCACAGACGGCCCAGUAGUCAUAGCAGAGGCGGAGACCGGAGAUUCCAGAGCGGCGGGGCGUGUGUGGCGCCGCUGCCCGGCCGCUGCGCGGUCCGCACAGUCGCCACUCGCCAGUCCAGGGUUCACACGGCUCACGGGCCACCGUCCGUCGGCUGUCUGCCGACCGAUGGCAGUCUGCCGAGCCUGCCGACCGCCUGCCUGCCGCCGUGCAUGAGUGUGGGGGUCCGGUGCCUGUGCAGCCGUCUCGUGGCUGUCUCCAGCCAGCCCGUAGUGGCGGUCCGGCCGGUCCCCUCCCCCCACCGCCCGGGCAGCCUAUUCGUCACGCGUGUGAGGCCUGCGCGAGUUAUUACUCGGAGAGUUGGGAGUUGUGCCGCCGAAUGCUGCUCCUUGUGGCAUCUACUCAAAGAGGCAUCUGUGUGACUGGAGAAUCUCCCUUCGAGAGAUAGAGCGAGAGAGAGGAAUAUACUGUGUGCGUCCGAUAAUCUUAUGGAUCCACGCUUCUCCGCCAGCUAUUUUACGCAUUUUAUUGUGGGCGCGGCGUUCGGCCGGGGGUGUGACCCGUUUUGUUGAGAUUGCCCGUGCUCUGUCGGCUUUGAAUACAUGAUUUGGGGACCUUC